AUGGAUGAAUCAAUGAAAAAAAUUAAUGUUGGAUUUUCUUCUUCCGGUGCCAUUGCAGCUGCGGUUGUUAGAUCGAUUUUUGUGAGGGAUAUAGGGACAGAAAUGACCCCUUCAAGAACAGAUACUCCGGUUAAAUCUACAACUCCGGUGACCAGGAGUUCGAUAGCUUCGGGAUCUUCAACGCCGGUCAAAUCUGUCGUGCUCUCUCUUAUUUUACUCAUAGGAUGGGAUCUGCUGCUGGAUAAGCUGCAGAGGUUGGUAAUGGAUGGAAUUUCUCGAUUGUUAAUGAUUCAAUCGGAAAUGGAGAGGCUGUCAUCAAAUCUGGAGAAGUUACGAGUCCUACUCAAUGGUAGCCCAGGUUGUACGGCGGUGAUGAUUCGCGAUAUUCGAUUCUUGAUUUACGAGGUGGAGGAUUUGGUGGACGAGAUCUUAUUGGAGGGUUUGAGAUUUCAGCUGAUUCAACAAAGGGGUUCGAAAGGAACAAAUGGCUGGUUCACUACAGUGGAGAAGUGCCUGACCGGAGUUCAGCUCCUCGGGUUCAACCUUUUAUUGAGGACUGAGAUUUGGGGUUUGAUACCCAGGAUCCAAGUGGUCAACCGCGGAUUGCUAGUUUAUCGAGACCCACUCAAAGCCGGCUCUCUCCUGCCACCAGGUCAACGGGGUCAACUGGGCGCACCGGGAGAUUCAGAUGAUGACACCCCUUUAUCGGAAAGAAGAAACGGGGUAGAAAUGGAAAGGUUUUGGAAGUACGAAGAAGAUAGCAUCGUGGGAAUUGAAGAUGCCAAGGAUCAAGUGACUCGGUUGUUGAUCGAGGAGAAAGAGGGAGGGAAAGGAUUCAAGAUGGUGGCCAUUUGUGGGAUGGCUGGUAUUGGCAAAACCACCCUCGCACGGUCUGUAUUCAAUGACCCCCCUGUUCGCCGGCACUUUGAUUGCUUUGCCUUGGCUUCCGUUGGCAGCUGUUUCCAGACUAGACUGGUUUUCCAAGAUAUUUUGCUCUCCCUUUGCUCCUGCCCUCCCCAAGAUCUGAUUCCCUACUCCGAUUCCGAGUUGGCUGAAAAGAUCUUCAAUGUCUUGCGAACCAGACGAUAUCUAAUUGUUUUAGAUGAUGUGUGGGACAACUCUGCUUGGGACUGCCUCAGUCUUGCUUUCCCUUCCUCAGAAAACACUGGCAGCCGAGUGCUGGUAACUACUCGUUAUCUUGGAGUUGCCCACAUGACAGCCUCAGGAAAUGGAUUUAUUUAUCCAAUGAGUUCUUUGAAUCAAGAGCAAAGUCUGCACCUACUCUUAAGCACAGCAUUCAGAGCUCAUUCUCCAGAUGCUUGGGACAUCCAAAACGUAACCAAAUAUGCUGAGGUUAUUGCUAAAAAAUGCUCGGGCUUACCACUGGCAAUUGUUGUGGUUGGAGGUAUACUGGCAUCGAAGAAGCCGACCCCAAAUGAAUGGAUGAUGAUUUCUCAUAAAAUUGGCUCCUUCCAAGAAAAUUCUGAUUUCCUGGGACCAGUUUUGAAUCUGUCUUAUGAUUCUUUGCCACAUCACUUGAAACUGUGCUUUCUUUAUUUAGGCAUCUUCCCAAAAGGUGCAGAGAUUAAGACAGAGACUUUAACUCAUUUGUGGUUGGCUGAAGGUCUUAUCAUACCCGAUAAAGAUACAAAUGCAAAAGUGUCAAUGAUGGACAUUGCUGAGUGGUAUCUAUAUGAAUUAUGCAUCAGAAGCUUGGUGUCUGUUCAUAAACACGAGGUUCCUACUGGUAGGUGGUUCAAAUCCUGCUAUGUUCAUGACUUGAUCCAUGACGAAUGCUUAUUGAAGCAAGUGGAAGGUGACUUUCUCGUCGCGCACUUCAGACGGGCUACUGACAUCAACUUGAGGUCAUCUUCUUUACCAUUUCCUAAGUCUAAAGUUCGCCGACUUGCUUUAUCUUUUCAAGUGGGAUUUCGUGAUUUCUAUAAGAAGGAUGUUUCUAGACAUCACCUUCAGUCCGUUUCAAACGGGUCAGCACUAAAAGAUCAUCAACAAUCAUCUCAGAAAUUAGCUGAUCAGUGCGAUCUCUCUAGGCUAAGGGUACUCUAUCUACGUAAUUCUAAAAUGUUGGAAUUGCCAGAAGCGCUGUGUCAGUUGAGUAACUUAAGAAGUCUUAGAACAUUGCACUUCGUUGGCUUCAACUUUAAUCUGACAAGUCCUCUUAAUGGAAUUGGAAAGCUAAGGUAUCUUAAGUGCCUUUCCUUAAGAAAUUGUUUCAUUAAAAGCCUUCCUUCAUCCAUAUGCAGCUUGCCAAACUUGGAAACACUAGAUCUGCAGGAAUGUACCAGAACCAAAAUAGUCAUACCAGUUGAGUUGCAAAAGUUGAUAUCCAUCAGAUAUCUCUAUUUGCCACGGCAAUUUGAAGUCCAGGGUGAUGAUAAACUGCAAUUUAAUGGGUUGACGAAUUUAGAGAUACUUGUGAACUUUGAUUCGAAACUUUGUGAAGUGAAAGAUCUACAAAGAUUAACUAAGCUUCAAAAAUUGGUUGCAACCAUAUCUGGUGAUCUAGAGGAACUGGCUGAAAUAAAUAACACCUUAAGGAUAAGUUUGAACAGCUUGAUCUUCUCCUCACUGCAGGUGAGGUUGCCUGUGCAUUGUUCAAUGAAAAACCACUUAGUUCUUCAAGAUGGACUUGAAUUUCCAAAUGUUAAGGUUUUGCGCCUCGAAGGCCACAUAGGCAAGAUCACCAUAAAUAUUGCUCAUAGCCUCUCUAAAAUUUCUCUUGCUGGUUCUGAGCUCAAUGAGGAUCCAAUGGAAAAAUUGGAGAAGUUGCCCAACUUGUUAGUCCUGACUUUUCGGAAUAAUGCCUUUGUGGGUAAGUGCAUGACCUGCUCUGAUUCUGGAAUGCCUCAGCUUAGGCAUCUGGCUUUCUUGAAUCUCGAUAACUUAAAGAACUUGGUAGUUAGGGAGGGAGGGAUGCCCAAUCUUUCCACAUUGGCGCUUGAAAGAUGCCAGAGUCUAAAGGAUCCACCUGAAGGAUUGAGUUCCCUUACGAGACUCCAGGAGUUAAAAGCUUUAUACAUGCCUAGUGAAUUCAUGGUUCAGGUGAACUUGGCUAGAGAGAUUUUGCGUCAGAACAAGUGUGCUUUUGUGAUUUCCUCCAUAUACUGGAGUGCACCAUCCCUGCAGAUUGUGAGGUCGGCUAUAUGGAUCAUAUGUCGCCAUCGUGUACGGGUUGAGGAAAGAGCUGUUGAACCUGAAGUUUGGAGUCUGUGGAAAUCAAGAGCCCUCUCAUACUUGCUGGAUAAGAGAACUAUUAGACUGGUUUCAGGUGCAAAAUUACUGUUGUCAGCACCAAAGCAUCAAUGGGUAGAGGUGCUUAGAAGAAUGGCUAUCUCAGAUGAAACAGAUGAUUACUAUGAAAAGAUUCUUUUGUUAUCUGGAAGUAUUGGCAGCAAAUGGAGUUCUUUAAUUGAAAAGGUAAUAUCAAGUUCUUAUAAAUCUGUCACCAUCUCGAAACUAUACCGUGAAGUACAAGACCUGCUUUUUAGAAGAUCACAGAAUCCUUGCUUUGAAGAACAUGCGUCCACAGAGGAAAAAGGUGCUCUUGAGUACUUGGAGGAUGUUUUGACCAACAAAGUUCAUUGUUUGUUGAAAUUAUUUCCUAUUAUUCCAGCAGCGGCAAUUCCUUUAAGGUCACCAUUAUUGAAGUCAUAUCUUAUUGAACUAGAGAGUAGGAUGAGAGGAGACUCGUCUGCAAUCAGAUGUUGCAAUUGUGUUAUGGAUCGGAAGAACCAUACAGAAUGUGAAGUUGCAGAGAGAAUUUGGUGUCUCUAUAUUUUCCAUGCUUGUGGUUCCUGGGUUGAAAGAAGAGUUCCUGUCAAAUGUUUUCAAGGGUCUUAUCAUGUGGCAAAGCGGUUAGUUUGGAGGUUCAAAUCAGAAUGGAAACCUAUAGCUCAGAGGUGGCAGAGAAGCACUACUUCACGGUACAGUUACGAUGCCCAGAGCUAUUCACAGAACUUCGACGAUGACUGUUCCAAUGAGCAUCGAUCACCUCUUGCUCCUAGUCCCAGAUGA